CCAACACACAGCAGCCCUUCUCCAUCACCAACUCCCAACAACAGCCACCACCACGACACAAGAACACGAGCACCAAUGUCCGGAGCUCCUAUUGCACGUUCUUCCACCCUGGCGGCAUCUAUUCGCUCGUCAGAUUCGUCCUCUCCCCUCAGGCCUGUCCACAGGAACAAGGGUAAGACAGGCGGGAACAAGGGGGGCCGCGGCCGGGUCAAGGGCAGCGGUUCCAUCUCUCAGUCGCUCAGGGCUGGGUUGACGUUCCCGGUUGCUCGUGUGGCAAGGCACCUCAAGGAGGCGAAACUCGCAAGCCGUGUCGGAAAGGGAAGCGCUGUCUACCUCGCCGCUAUCAUGGAGUACCUGUGUGCCGAGAUCUUGGAGCUGGCAGGAAACGCCUGCCGCGACAACAAGAAGAAGCGCAUCACCCCUCGCCACAUCCAGCUGGCCAUCCGCAAUGACGAGGAACUGAACAAGCUUCUGGCGGAUGUCACCAUCGCAGAGGGCGGCGUCCUCCCCAAUAUCCACUCAAUUUUGCUGCCCAAAAAGGUCGCGGCCAAGCUCGAAACCGACGGAAAGAAGUGAUGUCGUGAUAUAGGUUUGUGUCUUACUU